AUGGACCUGACCAUGAUGGGCACAGUGGUGCCCAAGAUGGCAGCCAACUUCCUCUCGGGAAAUAAGUUCAUCUCUCGGGGUGGCUGUGCCACUCAGGUCUUCUUAGUGGUCACGGUAGGAAGUGCUGAGUACUUCCUCCUGGCAGUCAUGGCCUAUGACAGGUAUGUGGCUGUUUGUCACCCGCUGCGGUACCCUGUGCUCAUGAACUGGAAGGCCUGCUGCCUGAUGGCUUUUGCAUCCUGGAUGGUUGGAGUGACUGACAGUGUAAUUUAUGUGGGCAUGGUCUUCAGCUUCCCCUACUGUGGCUCUCUCCAGGUGGACCACUUCUUCUGUGAGGUCCCCACCCUGUUGCGGCUCUCCUGUGCAGACACCUCACUUUUUCAGGACCUCAUCUAUGCUUGCUGUGUAGUCAUGAUGCUGCUGCCCCUGGGGGUCAUUGUGGCUUCCUAUGCCCGGAUCCUCAUGGCUGUGAUUAACAUGCCCUCCACUGAGGGGAAACAGAAGGCUCUGACUACUUGCUCCUCGCACCUGACUGUGGUGGGUCUUUACUAUGGGGGUGGCCUAUUUAACUACAUGCAGAAAGCUUCUGCUAGGACAGCAGCAGAAGACAGAGCCAUCUCCACCUUCUACACCAUCAUUGCUCCAAUGCUCAACCCACUCAUUUACAGCCUGAGGAACAGGGAGGUAAUAAGGGCCUUUAAGAAGGUCCUGGGGACAUGGAGAGUGUAG